CUGACGAUGCAUAAGUAUUUGUAAAUAAUUGAGAAUGUAUUUGCUGCACUAUUCAAAGAAAGUCAUGUUGCAUUUGACAACAUUGGUAUAUGGGUGAUGUUUACUUUCGGAACGGGAUGAUCGCUACACAAAUCUGAUUGAUGGCGGGAAGGAAGCCAUGCAUGUCGGAUGCAUCUUGACGCAUCCCUUUUGAUUCUUUUAAAGCGAAUUCACCUCUAAUGUAUUUUUUACAACAAAACUGCAUAUUAAAUAUAAUUGUCAAAGAGUUGAUUUCACAUCAUGACUGCACAACGUACGCCUAUAAAAACGGGUUGGGAACUCCCUCCGCCUCGGAAAGUCGGUCGCGACAGUCUUGAUUUUGCGAGACAAUUUUGUAUACGAUUGAAUGGGCCCAUGUAAACUUCAAAGUUUUAGAUUUUAGUAUAUUCGACCAUUUAAACUAUUUGAACAAUUUUGCCGAUUUUCACUGAUUUUACUAGCGUCUGAUUUCGCCGUUUUUUGGAAGGUGUAAAUUAGUGUACAUUUUAAUACCAAUCCCUGUAUAUGUGGUAAGUAGUAGAUCUAAUAAUAAAUCAAGGUGGAGAACUCAAUUUAAUGGCACUGUACGUGCACGUGGCAAAAAAAACCUGUAUCAUGUAGUGUAAUGGGUACUAGUAUCGGAUAUAAGGAAAUGGCAGUAAUAAAGUAUUCAAUAACUUACAAAUUAUACAAAACAACUAAGGUUCUGUUAAAAUUAAAAAUAGGGGAAUUUGAAGAUUUUUGCAGAACACAAGAAAUAUAGAAAUAUCGCCUAAAUCCUAACCCAAGCAAUCCAUCCAAUCUUUCUUGCAUACUGAAAAUUAAAAAAAAAUUGAUUUUACAAUUAUUUUUUUAAUGAUUUUUAAAGGCAAUUUAAGGCAGCACAUAUGAAAUCACAGUGAUCAAUAUUUGCAGCCAUUUUCUUUGAUGAAAUUGAUCAUGCCAUGAUUAUCCAUGCAGUGAUAUAAAAAAAAUUGUCUUUGGGAGUGGAAAACAUAGAUACCUUUGAUGUGAAAUAGAAAUGUCAAAAUUUAACCCCUAUUACAUAGUAACUAGCAUAAAGGGAUAAUAACUAGCAUGUAGAAAAAAGGGUGUGUCCUUAUUGACAGACAAGCCUUAAAAGAAAAAAAAUAGAUACAGGCUGUUCAAUAGAUUUUGGCUCUUAUUAAUAGUGAAGAAAAAACGCAGUUGGCUGAGAUAAAUAUGACAAUUAUUGGUAAUCCAGAUAGUGUGACAUGCAAAAUGCAUAUAAAACUCUCCAAUUACAUAGGUGAAAGUAUUCAGUAUCUUUACUGAAUGUUGGAAAUAUUUUCACUUGUGUAUUGAUGCUAAAAUUCGGCAAUACAAGCUAUUUCAGUAUUUCAAAAAUAAAGACAUUUUCAUGAUCACUCAAUGCAGAGAAUGGCUUAUGCUAUAUAUGGAGCUAUGAAAAGAGCAUGAGUUUUCUUAUGAAAUGCGGACACUUGGGGAUCACAUUGUCAGUUGUCAUGCGACGUCAUCAGUCAAACAAGUUCUGUCUUUUUUCGCUACUGUUUGCCACAUCAGUUUGUAACUUUGUAUGUGGCUUUAUCAUUAUUAUACAAUAGAUUACAGAUCAAGUUCAAACCGGUCUGGUUGUGUCCUUUAGCUAAACUCUUUAAUUCUAAUUGCUCAGAGCCUCCCUCAUUUUGUUCAGUAAGGUAGUUGCCAACUACUAGGAUCGAGACCCGCGCCUCAAAAUGACCCAGACAGUUCACAGGGCGAUAAACCCAGCAAACAAAAAUCCCUGUUCUUUAAGGCUUUUAUGUUGUACUGAAAGUGUAUAGAGUUAGCUUGAAAUGAAAAACUGUAAAUUCCUGUAAAUUCCUUUUUGGCCAUAGAGUGUUGCCUCGCACGAAAUAGGGCAUUACUUAACCUACAAAAGCCUGUGGCCCCUUGAAGCCUCGGAUCAGUAAGCUCGCCCACUGAAAGUCCGACAAGCAGAAUAGUUGAUGUUAGACCUGUUGAUAAAAAUAACAAAUUUAGGGCUGAUAAACCAUACUUGGACAAGGGUAAGCUGGUACUAUAUAGUGUAUGUGGGAUAUGAUGAUAUGUACACAAGAAGUUGCCAAUAUUGUGACCACCACAUAAAUGUAGCUGGGCUGGUCAGCAGUGACAGGAUUGUGAAAUGCUUUUGAUUAGUGGAAAUGACUGAAAACGAAAAAGGAAUGGAUGAGUGGGACCCUCGACAAGAUGACUAUGAGUGCCAGAAGUUUAACACCUAUGAUAGAGGACCUGGAAAGUUCUUGCCCAGCAAAAUUGAGAGGAGUAAGUCGGAGGGUAUCCAGCUAUACAUCAGUGGUAUUCCUAAUGAUCUAACAGAAGAUGGACUCUACAACCUAUUUUCUCAAGCAGGCAAUUGCCUUCGUUCUAAAAAAUGUGUUUCUAAGAACCCUGAUGCUGGAGAUACUUAUGGGUUUGUAACCAUGGGAUCUGUUGCUGAUGCAGAUAAUGCUCUGGCCAGAUUCAACAACUUCAAUAUUGGCCGCUUCCGUAUGCGGGUUCGAAUAGCCAUGUCCGAGGAAGAAAUGAGGAAACGCAAAGAAAAGAAACUGGAAGAAGAAGAGUUCAUCAAGAAAUUGCCUAGUCAAAAACUUGCAGGGAUAGCUGCUGGAACAAGUUCAGAUACAGAUAGCUCAUCUGGAAGCCAAAUGAAGGGGAAGAACAAAGGGAAGAACAAGGGAAAGAACCAACAAGACCUAACCAAUGGUCAUGCUGUAGACAAGAUCAGUGCUCAGCAAUAUCCUUUGCCCAGCAGCCAGGAAGCUGUUGGAGGUUAUCCCUAUGAGAAUGGCAACAAUACCUUUGGAUUGGCCUCAAGGGGGUUAGGAUUACUUGGUCAAGCACCAAACAGCCAGUAUCUUCCACAAGCAUAUUCAUUCCACCCGUCAGGUAUAGUUGGCACUCCUCAUUACCAUGGCAACAAUGGCGGGAUGUCACACAUGUGGGGCACAGCUGUAUAUGGCAGACAAGAGAAUAUAAUGCCAGGUCAAGGAUCAGUACAAGGGCAGGGAAGAGGCUACUAUGGAGGCAUGAGGAGGGGUCGUGGAGGUCAUCACUUCCAAGAUCCUUACUUUGAGGACUUGGAGUAUCAAGGUGGCUAUGGGCGUGGUUAUGGGCGUGGCUAUGGGCGUGGCUAUGGGCGUGGUAGUGGAUAUGGUCAUGCACAGGGACAACCUCACUUCCAUCCGAGGGGUAACUACUACGGGCCUGGACAGGGAAACUUUUCCAGGCAACAUCAGAUGGGAUAUGGACGUGGGCAGUCCCCUACAAACCAGAGUUUCAGAGGUGCCAGGCGAGGGGGGUGCUUCCUUCAACAGUAUCAGGGUCCUUUCCAAGUUCCUUCCGAUUGUCGCCCUCACCAUAGUAGUAUGGAAUCUCUGAACUCAAUGGCGGGUAUAACAAAGUCCACCAAACAGAAGAUUGAAACACGCCCAUGUGCACUCUGUGAAAAUCCAGGGAACUUUCAAUGCAGUAAAUGUAAGACGUCCUACUGUUCUGUAGAGUGCCAGAUGUCACAUUGGAAUGAUCACAAAGACAGAUGUAAAGAAAUACAGGCGUUGAUGAAGAAAAUGGAAAAAGAAGAUGAAGACUUUGGUGAGAUCUGUAUCGGAGGGGAUAUUAUACAGAAAAUGGUUGAUGGAGGUGCCCUCGAAAAAGUUAAAUUGAACAACACAAUAGAGAAAUCAAAUAGCAAGGCAGUGAAGCAAUCAGAAGCACAGAAAGAAACUCCUCCCAAAUCUGACAAGACUCCCCCCAAACCUGACAAGUCUUCAAGUGCUAAAGUGAAGUCUCCACCCACUAAGAAGACAUCACCACGACAACCAGAGAAAAAAGAAUUACAUAGCGAAUCACUUUCAGCUGCUACUGCUAUGGUUCCACUUCAAGUACAGAGACGUGUAGCUGACACAAAAGAGUCUACCAAAACACCAUUAGCACAGAAAGCUCGAGGGAAAUCAUUGGAGAAGCCAGAGCUGCCAAUAGGCGCUGAUGUUGAGGUUUGUGUAUCCGAGGUGGUGGAUCCACAUAAGAUUUGGGUCUACAUGGUUUCUCAAGAGAAAAUCCUGGCUCUGGAAAAUUUGUUGCAAGAAAUGACAACUUUUUAUAGCCAGAAAAAAGAGCAUGUGACAUCCCCUGUGGUAGGGGAUAUCUAUGCUGCCGAAUUUAGUUUAGACAGAACCUGGUACCGAGCCAAAGUGGAUGACCUUCAGGGGUCAGACAUGGUCACUGUAACCUACGUAGACUAUGGUAACAGUGAAGCUGUGGCACUCUGCAAACUUCGCCAGUUGGAGGACAGUAUGGCGACUCUACCAGCUGUGGCUGUCAGAUGUAGUCUAGCUGAUGUGAGUCCAAAGACAAAAAGUUGGGGAGAUGCAGCAGAUUUACUCAAGUCACUUUUACCACCGACGUUAGUAACAGGGGCGAUGUACAGUAUCAAGGUGCACUCCAAACAGGAAGACUGUUAUACCAUCACAGUGCUGGACCAAAACGGUGAAGAUGUCCGAGAAAAACUUGUGAAAGCUGGGGUUGUAGAUGUGCCUCAUGGGUCAUCUCAAGCAGUUGAAGCUGUUUCUAGCCCACUUCCGUACAGUUCACUUCCUCUGAAUGAAAAAGUCACAGUACUGACAAUGGAUGUGUCAAAUCCUGGUGAAAUCUGGGUGCAAGAAGGAAAGGAGGACAAGAUCACACACGGAAUAUCCAUCACAGAAAACCUCAAUAAGAUAAUUUGUCGACAACAACUGAGCUCCGUAACUGAUGUCAAGGUGGGUGAGAUGUAUGCAGCUUACAGCGCCAAAGACGUCGGCUGGUAUCGUGCUCGUGUCGAUUCUGUAAGAGAGGAUGGAACAGUCAACGUUACCUAUCUAGAAUUUGGCAACAAGGAGAGCGUCUCGCUGUCUCAAAUGAAGGAACUGAACUCAGCUAUGAAGUUGGAACCUCUGACUGGAGUACACUUGGUAUUGGAUGGUAUAGCACCCUUACCCGGAGAAGAGACAUGGAGUGAUAAUGCUGUAGCCACACUCCGAGAACUCGUCCUGCUAUCAGGGGAGGCACAAGUCUCCUACAUCGCUGAGACAGUGGGUCGCUCUGCCUCCUGUACCUCUGUUAGGCUUACGGAUGUUGAUGGUUGUGAUAUUGCUGAUAAGCUGGUAGAGGCAGGUGUUGUUAGGAAAGUUGGUGCUGCUGCCUCUGCAGAUGCUGCUCUUUCUCCAAAACAAGAAAAUCAAACGCCUAAAACCGAGAUUAAACGAAUUUCUGUGAUGGCGAAGUCUUUGGGUAGUGUAGUGGAUAAGCUGGCGCCUAAUGAGGUUGUCGAAGUCAUGAUCACGGACGUAACCUCUCCUGCCAGCUUUGUAAUACAGCUCAACCUGGAUCAUCUCAUACGACCAUUUGCUGAAUUCAGUUUAGAACUCAAUAAAGUUAUGGAAACUGUCCCAGCUUGCUACAAGCCCCAAAAGGUUGGUGAACUGGUGCUUGGGCUGUAUGAGGGAGGUUGGUAUAGAGCAGAGGUUAACCACCUCACAGACAAGGAAGCAGAAGUUUAUUUCAUUGACUUUGGUAAUAGAGAAGUUAAAGAAUUCUCUCAGUUGGCCGCUGCCAUCGAAUCCUGUGCUUCCUUACCAGCUCAGUCUGUACGAUGUUGUCUACAUGGAGUUACAGCCCCAGAGGUUUGGCCACAGGAAAUCAUACAGAGUUUUGCUGCAUUGACAGACGAUCCUCUUGAAGCGGAAUUCAAAUGCAUGGUGGGUGAUAUAGCAAUGAUUGACAUAAAGAUUGGAGAAGAUAAGAUUUCAACCUCUGCACUCAUCCAACAGGCAGUGCAUGAAUAUCAGAAUCCUGUGGCUGAACCAUCAGUUUCUCCAGCACCAGAAGUGGUCGAUACAAGUGUUCCUGCAACGACAGAACCGGCUGCAAUUCCUAAAGCAGCGACCACUCCAGUGCCAAACUCACAGCCCAUCAUGAGUUCCGAUGUUCCCGUAGAAACACUACCAAUUACAAUUGAAGAAGCGGUUGUAUCAUUCAUUGUAGACUUUGAGUCCUUUUACAUACAACUUGUGAAAUCUCAGGCAAAACUGGUAGAAUUACAGGAAAGUAUAUCGGUGUAUUGUGCUUCUGCCAGCCCUUACACCCCUGUAAAGGGGGAGCUGAUCUGUGCCAAGUUUUCCCAAGACGAUCAGUGGUAUCGAGCUAAGGUCCUAGACAUCAUGGAGGACGGUCAGUUCAGUACACAAUUUGUUGAUUAUGGUAACAGUGAAGAGGUCAGUACAGACAAUAUCAGGAAGAUGGAUUCUACCCUGAAGACUCUGCCUUGUCAGAGUGUUCAUUGCAAACUUGACAAUGUGACCAAUGAGGGGCAGUCACAAGACACGCUCCAGGCCUUUGCUCAGAUGGUCGGAGGCUGUAAAGUCCAGGUUGAGGCUCAGCAUAUUGACAGUGGAGUGUAUUCCAUACUCCUUACCACCGCUGAUGGAGUGGACAUCAAUAACAUGUUUAAGGUGAAGGGCACUCCGAGGCACCAACUCUCCCCACAUCCUGAAGAACCAAGGACCGGAAAUAUUAAACUGUCUGAGAUAGAAAAGUUUGAACCAAAGGAGAAAAAAUUUGAAAUUAUCAUUUCAUAUGUUGUGAAUCCUGAAGAAUUCUACUGUCAGAUAACCAUUGAAGAAAAUAUCCAAGCCCUGACUCUCCUGCUGCAGAGUAUUAUGUUACACUGUGAGAUGGAAAACACCAAUCCCGCGUUCAGACCAGAGGCUGGUAACCUCUGUUGUGCUCAGUUCACUGACGGGUCAUGGUACAGAGCGGUUGUUAGGAAGGAUUUCCCAGACAACACAUUACUUAUCCAUUUUAUUGACUUCGGAAACACCGAGGUUGUACCAAGGGAUAAGGUGCGCCCAAUUCAACCCGAGUAUACAGAGCUCCCUGUCACCGCAUUCAAAUGCUCCUUACAUGGGUUGAAGCCAGUAGGUGCAGCAUGGUCUAAAGAAGCAUCAGAUAAGCUUGGAGUAUUCUGCAACGAGAAGCUGAUGUUGGAUAUCAUUGAGAAGGGCGGGGGAUGUGUACAUGGUGGAAUUGAGUGCUGGUGGUACCAACGUUUCUGAACACUUGGUUGAAGCUGGAUUGGCUAAGAGGCCCCAAGCAGAAGCAGAUGAUGAGGCGGCCAAUAUUCAGGAACAAAUUGCACUGCUUGAAGCUCGACUGCAAGCUAUGAAGAAGGGCAAGAAGGAAUAAAAGGGUUAGAGAUGGUGAUUUGUCUUGUUGGUCAUUGAGGAUUCCUGUAGUGAACAGAAAUGGAAAUGUGGAUAGCUGCUGGCAGACAGCAAUGAUGGAAAUCCACGGUCGG